AUGGACAUAAAAAAAUAAAUAUUUAAAGAACUAGACGAUUUUGUUUAGUCCUCAUUAUCAACUCACGUUGAUCUAGAAGUUAUUCUUAUAAGAGAAAUGAUUAGAGCAAAGGGUGCUUCCAUAUUAGGCCCUGCUUUGGCAUAAUGCUUGAAUCUGAAAAGUUUGAAUCUAUAACUCUAAUUUAACUCUAUCGGUAGCAGUGCUGUAUCAGCAUUGGGAUUAGAUUUAGCAAACUGUAGAUAAAUCGAAAAUUUAAAACUUUCUCUUUACGAAAAUAACAUUGCUGAUAUAGGCUUAACUGGGCUUAAUUUUGCUUUACAAUGCUUUUCACUGAAAAAUUUAGUGUAUAAUUUGGGAAGUAAUUUAAUUGAAGCAGAAGGAGCAACUGAAGUAGGUGUUUCUUUAGCGCGUUGCCCAAACCUUUAAGAAUUAAAUCUAGAUUUAAGCUACAAUAAGCUUGGAUCAAAGGGAGCUGUAGGUCUAUUUACUAACUUAGCUAAAUGUAAGAAUCUCUAAAGCUUUUCAAUUGAUUUAUAGCAUAAGAAUUAAAUUGGCGAUGAGGGUAUAGCUUCUCUAGGUUCUGCUUUAGCAUGCUGGGCUAAUAUCAAUUUUUGUAAGCUUUAAAUAGCGGAUAACUAAAUUGGACCUAAAGGAGCGUUAGGCUUUGGUAAAGGGUUAGCUAAGUGUUCUAAGAUUACUAAAUUGAUACUUGAUCUCAGGGAAAACAAUAUCACAAAUAAAGGAGUUUCUGGAGUGUCUUCUGCAAUUGCAUAAAUCCCAAAUCUCUCUCAUUUAGAACUCACCAUAAGGAAGAAUGAAAUAGGUGAUGAUGGAGCUACAUAAUUAGCUGUUGAUUUAGCUAAGUGUAAAAAUCUAAUAACUUUAAAGCUUGAACUUUAGACGAAUAGUAUUAGAUCAAAAGGUACAUUAGAUUUAGGUAAUUCUCUAUCUCACUGCAUGAAGCUUCAAUUUUUGUCUUUAUUCAUGAGUGAUAACAAUAUCGGAUUCUAAGACGUAUCAUCUUUGGGUAAUAUUAUAGCUCAUUAUCCUAGUCUAUUAUUCCUCAAACUAGAUUUUAACUAUAACUCUCUUGGAGCUGUUCAGAAGGCUAAAUUGAAAAAAAGUAUUUUAAAAGGAAAAAGAUUAACAUAGAAAAUAUUGUACUUAUGA